UCAUCAAAACGGUGCAUGAGCUAUAGAGCCUUGCACAGAUCAACGGUUAGAAAUAGAUCCUCGUUAGGGUUCGUUCUUUCGGUUCCGUGGUUUCCUGAAAUCGAAACCCAUCUUCCAAUUCACGCAUCUUCAUCAACUGGAUCGCUUCCAGUACCUUCUGAGUUUGAAGCUAUGGAGGCUUAUAAGAGAUGGGUGAGACAGAACAAAGAGUACGUGCACUCGUUAGAAUCUUUGGCCAAUGGAAUGACAUGGCUUCUACCUGAACGAUUUUCUGAAUCAGAGAUUGGACCAGAAGCAGUGACAACCAUUUUGGGAAUCGUCACAGCUAUCAAUGAACAUAUAAUUGAUAGUUCUCCUAGCCAAAAUAUUACUGGCUCUGUUGAGCCUAAUUCAUUCCCUUUUCCAUUAUGCUUAUCUGCAUUAAAGGAUUUGGAAACAUUAGUUGAAGUCGUGGCACAACAUUACUAUGGCGAUGAUAAGAAAUGGAAUUUCCUUGCUGUUACCGAAGGAAUCAAGGUACUGGUUCGGUUGUCUUUGUUCCGAAAGAGUGGAUAUAAAAUGGUGUUACAUGGAGGGGAGACCUCUAAUGAUGAUUCUACUUCACAACAUCAAAUUGUCGCGAACCCAAAAGGGCGUUACAAUCCUGGAACAAACCCGUGGAAUCUGGAAGGAAGAGCACUGUCUGCGUUAAGUCAAUUUGGAGAAAAAGCGAGGAUGGUGUCAGAUCCGGUGUGGGCACGUAGGGUUCAACACCAGCAAGCAAUCAUGGAACCCGCCGCUUCAAGGGUAGUGAAACCUACACUUUCCACUAUAUUGUCAAAAAAGGGGUUUCGUGGAGCUUUGUUUUUAAUUGGAGAAGUCCUAUUUAUUAUUAGACCACUUAUCUAUGUUUUAUUUAUUCGAAAAUACGGCAUUCGGUCAUGGACCCCUUGGUUCCUUUCACUGGCUAUUGAUACCAUAUCAAACAGUAUUCUCUCAAUUAUUACUACGACAGUGGCGGGUGAAAAUCAGAAAAUGAUUCAUAUUUCUGCCCCAGAGAAGGAUGAGGUUAAACGACGGAAGCUGUUAUUUGUACUCUACCUAAUGAGAGAUCCAUUUUUCAGCAAAUAUACUAGACGAAAACUUGAAAGCACAGAGAAAGUUUUGGAACCUGUACCCAUCAUAGGAUUUCUUACAGCUAAAAUUGUUGAGCUUACAAUUGGAGCUCAAACACGAUACACUUACAUGUCAGGAUCAUGAUACAAAAUCCAAAAGAAAGACAUCAUUGCUCUCCAAAAUUGAGGGAAUAUGUUCACACUAUGCUGCCACACUUAGUUUUGUUUCUGAUUUUCAAAUGAUGAAAGAGAUAUCACAUUUGAUACUAUUAUGAUAGAAAAGCAAGAAACAAACAAGUGUGGGACAUAUUUUUUGGGAGGUAGUUCAACUAUCAACAACUGGACAUAAAUUUGGAGAUUUUGUUUCACUCCUACACAUUAGAGUCUGAAUACCAAAUUGGAAAGUUACACUGUUUAUUAAACUUAGAAAAUUAAGCUUAUCAUCCUUUGAAUUCUUGUGAGAAAGAAUGUAUGUUAAAUAUACUAUUUGCACCAAAAGAAGGUGAAUGAAUAAGCAACUUUCUAAUGCCUUGCUGUGUCUUUAUGUUUCAAGGGAUGCUGCAAAGCUUUCUGUCAAA